AUGACGAAAACGCUGCAGUCAGCAUUGGCACCAUUAUUUAUCAUUAGUUCGUUCUGCUGUUUGGUUUGGUUUGAAUAUCCUCUUGGACAACCCAGGCCGUAUUUCUUUUGCUUGUAUGCCUUGAUCGUAUGGAGCAGUAAUGUAUACAACCAAAAAUUGAAGCAUAUGAGAGUAUUUUUUUCGGACAACUCUGACUUGGUCGCCAUUUUAAGUACUCUUAUCAGCUUAUAUCGUUGUAAGGCACAUCCACUUACAACUAUGCCUUAUAGCAAACAAACUAAACAAAAUAUUAAAAGUACAAAUGAUACUUCAAAUGCUAUGAUAAACGAGACAGUAGCAAUUCUUUACAAAGUGUCCAAUAAUCUCGAUGAAGAAGAACGUGAACAGAGCAAUCCAAGGUACAAGAAAGAAGCUAAGGACGUUCUAUUGCAGAAGUUACUAUCAAAAUUUGAUACGGCAUAUAACAACAAAGAGGAUAUCCCUCGCAAUGUAUUGACCGCGAUACUUUAUUUAAACGCAGGUAUAUUACAUGUUGAAAAAAAAGAUAUAACAUUCGCCAUGGAAUGUUACCACAAAUGCAAUGAAUUGUUGGAAGAUGACGAACUGACGUCUAAAGGCAUUAUACCGGCUAUAAGCGUUUGUAAAGAAUUGGGUCUAAUUUAUGAGCAACAAGAUUUAUAUGAUGUCGCUAAAACUUUUUUAAUACAAGCAGAAAAUUUGUACAUUAAGUUUACAAAGGUUGAAUUGGAUCCUAUUGUGACACCCAUUAUCGGUAUCAAGGAGAUGCAAGUAGAUUGGUGCGCUAAAAAUAUUCUCGACAAGCUUCACAUAUCGAUUUUAUAUUCUUUAGCAAAGAUCUGUCGUAACUUAGUCUAUAAACCUGCGUGUACUCGCGAAGAUACACAGAGCAAGGAAUUAUGUGAAGAUAACAUGACGAACAAAAAAAUAAUGAAAAAUUAUGCCGAUUGGGCUGUAACUGUUGCGAAAAUAUCUUUUCAUUUCAUAGAAGAAAACCAAUUUUCACAAGCGAGGUAUCAUCUAGCUGUAACAUCCUAUAUAUUGAGGAAAUACUUAAAAACUUUGAGAGAAAAACACGCUACGAAAACAAUUGAGAAUUUUACUGUAGAAUACGAACAUUAUAAUGAAGCAGCAGCGAGUAUCGCUAAAUUUUGGGCAAAGUACGGUAUUACUCUUUUGUGUUCGUCCCGGAAGAGAUUGUUAAUGACAAAAGAAGAACAAAAUGAAAAAGAUCAGGAUUCAAAUCUUAUAAUAGCUUUUAACGAAAUGUACGAGGAUUUCCGAACUGAGACAAUGAAGGAUCCAAGAAUUGAAGGCUUACAAUUAGAAUCAGAAUUAAAGAUUGUUUCAAGUAAAUUUACAGAUAAAUAUUUAUUGGAUUUUAACUCUGCCAAAGUAUUGUUCUGGAACGUAAAGGAAUUGUUGAACAACGCAAAGCUACAUUACACUUUCGAAAAGCAUCCGUCAGAUUACGCCAGUAUUACUUUACUCGUCUCUCGAGCCUACGAUUACUUGGGGUCUUUCGAAUGCGAAGACAAACGGAUAAAAAUGCACGAACGGCGCGUAGAAAUUCUGGAGGAAGUAAUUAACAGUAGAUUAUGUCCGCGAGAUAACCAAAUCAUUUGUAGGCGAAUUUGGAUCGACCUCGCAGAAGCAUAUUUGACGAUGGUGAACUUGAUGGAAAUGCGUUUGCAAGUAUUCCAGCCGAGACUCCACCAAAACUGGCUCAUGUCAAAAAUCGAGAGUCGAGCGAAAAGUAGUAUAAAGCACUAUCAGUCGUACUUGAAUUCUUUAGAGAUGAGCAAGUCCGAAAGCGGAGUUGAAUCCUUCUCUGACGAUGAACUGUAUAUAGCAUUGUGUGCUUAUAACAAUUUAGGAGCAUUGUACAAUAAGAUCGUAACUUUCGAUAUACAUCAAGAGAUAGAGUAUAUGCAGAAUAGCCUUGACGCUUACACUUUCAUCGUUAAUUACUACAAUAACCAUCCUGAAAAGCAGAAGGAGUUGGAGAAAUACGAGUUCAUAAAAUCAUCUAAAGAAACGGUCACAAGAUUUUCGAGUGCAUUAGAAAACUGUAAAAAAAUAAUAGAUGACGCAAAGGAAAUACAUACAAAAUUUGCUAAUAUUUCUUUUUCUGAUCCUUCUUAA